UGCCCUCCCCUAGCGUCACAUCGUCCGGCGAGACUCCCGGCGUGAAUGCGCAUCGCCGAAGCUUGAUCUCCACAGCGCCGGCCCUGAAGCCCCGCCGUGGCGAUCGACCAACCCGCCGAAAAGUUUAAAUGCGGCAUCGCCAUUCGCCAACGGCCGUCUCAUCCAGGGUGCGAGUGGGUUUUUGACGUCCCGCGUUUCAAAAGCCAACGCUAUCUAUAGCUAUUUGUGGCCAUGUAACGUAUGCUGCGUGAACUGGUGGGUGACUGGCCGCCCCCAGGGAGGACGGGACAGCUUGUGAUUUGAUCAACGUGUAUAAAGAGGCGAGGGUAUUCCCAAGCGGAUGAUCGGUGUUUUCUGUUAUUCAUCAUCCUCACACUCUUAAACACAUCACUUCCUCCCCGUCUUUCUCGACGGGCAUCUCUAUUCAAAAUUCCCCCAAUGAAUUCCUUUGUCCUUGCCGAUCUCCACGACACGGCAUACAACCGCCUCCACUACCCAUCACAACAUCUUGAAACCGUCACAUCACACACUAGCCAUGACGUCCCUACAAGAUCCGGUUCUACAAGCUCCGAGCUCCAGCUCGGAGAGCGCGUCUCCAACAGUCGUUGGAAUCAGUAUUGGCGUAAGCUUGGCUUUAGCCGUCGGCGCAAUGAUAUUCAUGGUGUGGUCCUGCCGUAGGGCAACCAAGUACGAUCCGGACUGUGAAGCCGCCGAGGCUGCCCAGUCUCCCAUGUCCUUUCUCUACACCAGGCAGGCGGCUACCGGGAUGACACCAUUCUUCACCGUCGACAGGUCCCAACUACAACCUACUGCUUCUGCUUCUGAAAAGAUGGACUGGGAUAGUGCUUCAGCUACGUCGACAAAUGUAGACCUGCAGAAUAAUGCCUCUGAGCGUGCUGAGUCAAAAGAAGACGGGAUAUCAGAGCCCGCGCAAGCUGAGCUGCCUGCGGCUCCGUUAGCAGUCAAGGCGAAAAACUACAAUAGAUAGAC